CGCCCCCGUGUUGUUCUGCUCUUCCGGCUCCUUACAGCAGACAGUUCUGGGGACCGAAGACACCGGAGGGAGGAGCGGCUUGUCCGGUGUGUCGGUAUCGCUGCGGAAAGACGGAUGGGAGGCGGAGGAGAGGACGGCAGGAAGGUGGGAUCUGAUGGUGACUCAGUCACGCCGUCUUCUGAUUGCCUAAGGCGUGGUGUGACGUUCUGCUGAUGUUGGAAGGUGCCCAGGACGGCAGGGACUCUGCACUCCUCCACAGCUGGCUGCUGGAAAAUGUUCUCCAUAGGCUUGGUCCUGCUCUUUUUGUGGACUGUAGAGGGACUCCAGGACUCCCGGGACAAAGAAAUCCAUCAGAAGAAUGCUGACUUUAACCAGGACUAUAACGACACCAUCAGUAGUGAGAUCCAGAAUAUCUAUGCCUUCAAUCACACCAUGCUGAGGAACAAGACUGAAGGAGUCAGAGUUUCGGUCAAAGUGCUGUCUGACCAGAAAGGACCACCGCUGCUCUUUGUAGUCCGGCAGAAGGAAGGGUUGAUGUCUUUCCAAGUACCGCUGACCCUCAGGGGUUUGUACCAACGUAAUUACCAGUAUAAAGAUGUCGGGCGCACACUGUGCCAGCCACCCACUCGGGCCGAGGCGAAGACGGAGUCCUUCUUUGUGGACGUUUCUACCUUGUCUGAGAAGAAUGCCACCUACUACUUGCGUGUUACACAUGUGGAGAGCUUUGUGCUGCGGACAAAAGAACGGUUCAGUUUUAAUUCCACUCCCGCUCAGCCUCAGUAUUUUAAGUACGUCUUCCCGCCGGACGUGGACUCUGUGAUUGUUAAAGUCACUUCUCCGUCUGCAUUUCCCUGCUCUGUCAUCUCCAUACAAGAUAUUCAGUGCCCGGUAUACGACCUUGAUAAUAAUGUGGCUUUCACUGGCAUGUAUCAAACAAUGACCAAGCAGGCGGCUAUCACCGUUCAGAGAAAGGAUUUCAGCAAAGAUGGUUUCUAUGUUGUGGUUGUUGUAAAGACGGAGGAUGAGGCGUGCGGCGGGGGUCUGCCUUAUUAUCCAUUAAAUCCAGAUACCCCCGUGGAGCAUGGAGAUCGUCAGAAGACCUUGGAAGUCCUAGUCAGCCCGGCCACCAGCAAGAGCACUUAUAUCGGGGGGAUGCUCUUCUGCUUAGGGGUGUUCCUGUCCUUCUACAUUUUCGCCCUUCUGGUAUACUGCUGGGAGCAUCGGAGAAAGAACAAGAAAGAAGCCGGGUUACUUCAUUCCGUGGGAACCUUGAAUGACGAAACAGGGAAGUCUUCUAUGGAUCAGAGAUAUGACGGUUGUAGUUAUGGCACCAUGGCAGAGAACAGUUCCAUUGCCAGUCCAGAUGGUACAGAAAGUCUGAUGUCAUCAGCAGAGGCCACGUACAGUUACACAGACAAAUCUCUUGAAAAUGUUGUUGUGCCCCGUCCGCGGCUGGAGUCUUUGAGCUCCGUAGAAGAAGAUGACUACGAUACGCUGACCGACAUAGAGUCCGAUAAGAAUGUUAUUAGGACAAAGAAAUAUUUAUGCGUUGCUGAUCUGGCAAGAAAAGACAGGCGGGUGAUGAGAAAAAAGUACCAGAUCUACUUUUGGAACAUCUCCACGAUUGCGGUUUUCUACGCCCUGCCAGUCGUGCAGCUUGUUAUAACUUACCAAACGGUGGUCAAUGUAACAGGGAAUCAGGAUAUUUGCUAUUAUAACUUCUUGUGCGCUCAUCCCCUCGGAUCAUUGAGUGCUUUUAACAACAUUCUCAGCAACCUAGGCUACAUCAUGUUGGGGUUGCUUUUCCUCAUCAUUGUGCUACAUAAAGAGCUCCAUCACAACCACUGCCGCAUGUACAUUAAGGGGCAGAUGGAGGAAUGUGGGAUCCCCAAACACUUUGGUCUCUUCUAUGCUAUGGGCACGGCUCUGAUGAUGGAAGGUCUGCUCAGUGCAUGUUACCACGUGUGUCCAAAUUACACCAACUUCCAAUUUGAUACGUCCUUCAUGUAUAUGAUUGCCGGACUGUGCAUGUUGAAGUUAUAUCAGAAGAGACACCCGGAUAUUAAUGCCAGUGCUUACAGUGCCUACGCUUGUCUAGCCAUUGUCAUUUUCUUCUCUGUCAUUGGUGUAGUGUUUGGGAAAGGAAAUACCAUUUUUUGGAUUGUGUUUUCUGUGAUUCAUAUAGUGUUUACGAUGCUGCUGAGCACCCAGCUUUAUUAUGUGGGUCGCUGGAGGUUAGACUCUGGGAUCCUGCGCCGCAUCCUGCAGGUUCUGUACACCGACUGUGUGAGGCAGUGUAGCCCCCCGAUGUAUGUGGACCGCAUGGUGCUACUUGUAAUGGCGAACAUCAUAAACUGGUCUUUGGCAGCAUUUGGCCUCAUUGUGCGACCAAAUGAUUUUGCCUCUUACCUUCUCGCCAUUGGAAUCUGUAACUUGCUGCUUUACUUUGCUUUCUACAUCAUCAUGAAGCUUCGCAGUGGAGAACGGAUCCUUCCGCUCCCAUUACUUUGUAUCGCGUGCACAUCUGUGGUCUGGGGAUUCGCGCUGUUCUUCUUCUUCCAAGGACUUAGUACCUGGCAGAAAACUCCAGCUGAAUCUCGGGAGCACAACCGAGAUUGUAUUUUACUUGGAUUCUUCGAUGACCAUGAUAUUUGGCAUUUCCUCUCCUCCAUUGCAAUGUUUGGUUCAUUUCUUGUUCUGCUGUGUCUGGACGAUGAUCUGGAUGAUGUACAGAGAGACAAGAUUUACGUAUUCUGAAACGUGCCACAAUGGACGAUACUACCGUAGCGAAUUGUAGGUCUGAGCUGCCGCGGGGUGAGAGAAAUGAAACCAUCCUGGAGAAAGAUUAUCCGUCCAGAUACCCACCGUCCAGAGACCUAUAUCUCAGAUAAGGGGAUGUGCCACCAAUUUAUGCUAGGUCAUAGAGGCUGCCUUUUUUUGUCAAACAUUGUACUUUGUACAUUGGCCACAGUGUGGCAGUGUGGUGUUUCCUGUUGCCAAAAACUGAGCUUAUUCAGAGCCCAGCCUCUUGGCCAUUAUAUGGCUUUAUGCUGCAGUGCUGAAAUCAUGUAGACGGUUGGCCUACUGCUGGUUAUCUACAACUGGUGGUAAUGAUUGUGUGCGUGCAACAGUGGCCGUGGACAGCAGGGACACACCAAUCAAGGCCGGUCUUCUUGUUCCCAACUUUUAUUUAAGGCAUUUGUGUCUCCACUGAGGAUAAAUCCUACCCGGUAGACUUACUAGAAGUACCGCUCCUACUGCUACCAGUCUGGUUCUGUUUGAUCAUUUGCAGAGGAGACUAGACUCCAGACUCUCACGUGUUCAAUGGCCAUGUUGGGUCCCUAGAUAGAGAAUCAGCCUCUUCUUGUUGCAUAUCCUUGCAAGUGUCCAAUGACCGACGUCCAAAUAUCUCUCAUACUUUACAACGUGACGCCUCUAGCCAAGAGUAUAAGGCUAGAAUACUCCAGGUACUGUGAAUGUAGUUCAUGUCAGCAUUGUGCAGAUAGGAGCCCUAAAUCUUAUUUAUAAUGGAGACCCCUUGAAAUGUAAGAUUUUGAGUAGAUGGGGCCAGAUGUAGACCACAUCUUCAUUAAUUUCAGGUAUAGGGUAAUAUGUGCCUACUCUUCGUGUUUUUUACAUCCCAUUGUACACUUAAAGGGGUAUUCAGAUUUUUAUCUUUUUAAUUUAUUUAUAGGUGUAUACAUUUUGCUUACAUAUCUUUCUUGUAUCAGGUUGUUGACUCCUCUCUGCACAGCAGAAUGGUAUAGUUCAUGAUUAAGUCAGUCCUGUGUAAUGCAUCCAUGGUCUAACGGAAACAUAGCAUCAGCCAUGUGACACCCCACUGACAUUCAGUAAGCAACAGUGUUACCUGGCAUACUGUAUAUGUGGUGGGUCAGCACACGGGACACUGCCAUUGGAUAACUACAUAGGACCCAUGGAAACCAUUGUGGCAAUUAUAACAAUUAUUUUACUGUAUUGUGUUAACAUGGCUGCCUGUUUCUAGGGGAUUUGUACAAUGGCUUCCUGUCUCUAGGUGAUGUUGUAAUGUUAAUAAAGUUAACUGUAAAAAAAUUACAAACAUGGCACAUACAGGGAGAACAAUGUUAGAUGUGCUUCUACACUGACAGACAUGAUGAGAUGCUGCUGCCAGUAAUACUGUAUAUCUCAAUAAACUACUAUUCACCUGUUAGAUAUCUGCACAGUGACUGAAUGCCAGGGGUCACAUGACUGACACCAUCUUUAGUCCUACGGAUGCAUUUUACAUGACUAAAACGGGCAACACCAUUUUUUUUUUUUUUUUUUUAAUAAAGAUCCUAUUGUGGGGAUGUAAUAAAGGUCUGUAAGCAAGAUUUUGAAUACAGAUACAUUGGAAAACUGUAUGACUUCCCGUUCUCUAAACAAAAAAUGUAAUCAUUAAAAUCUGAAUACCCCUUUAAGGAGGUUGUGCCAGAUUAGAAAAGCAGGCCAUCAUCCCACAGAGACUCUAAUUGUCUGAGCUGCAAUGUGGUUGACUAAUAUCUGAUGGUAUGGUAUAUCUAUAUCUGAGAAGUCUACAGCCAGAGAUGGAGGAACCUGCAACCUUCAGUGCAGGUAGAUAAAACCUUCACCGACCUCGACCACCAGGGUGGUUAUCAGCGAUGGUACCCAGAUAUAUAGGACUUCUCCGCACUCCAGCUAUUGUAAAAACAACUCCCCGCGUGCACUUUUGCUCAGCUGUUCUUACAACUCCUAUAGACGUGAAUUGAGUAUGCUAGGGGUUGUAGUUGCCCAACUGGAGUGCUGGUGGUUGCGGACCCCUGCCCAGGAACAACCUCUUUAAAAAAAAAUUACAUGGAGAAAUACCUGUACACUAAAAAGUAAAAAUAAUAAUCACAUUCUGUUGCUUUCUUUCCGCUGUGUAAAGGAUGCCUCCUUGCUUCAGAAAUAUACUUCACUUCUUUCUUUUACCAAAAACUCUCCUCGGCGUUCUCUACAGUUGUGACUUUCUAAUGUCAAUGAUAUAAAAAAAAAACAAAAAAAAAAAAAAACUGUAUUAACUGUAAUGGUUUACUGUGCCUGAAAGACACCUGCAAAGGGUUAAGGAUCCUUUGAGCUCUGUGUAUUGUGCAUUACAUAUUAUACAUAGGGGUUCUUGUACAGCCAGGAUGCAGCUGUCCAGAUUUGAGCAUCCAUGUAAAGGAAUAUUCACAUGUAGCAAGUUUGUUGCAACUGUCCCAUUCAUUUGAAUUGGAUUUGCUGAAAGUCAUGAGCAUGACUUCAAAACCACCCUGUUUAGGCAAAACCAUCUGCGUGUGAUAGAGCACACGUUGGAGCUCUAUCUUCUAAGACCGGGGUCAGCAAAAGCGUUGGGCGAACUUGAAGUUCAGCGUCAUCGAAAAAUCGCGUUAUGGAUUCUAAAUUCCGUUAUGGUCCGUGAUAGCGGAAUCCAUAACGCGAUUCUUCGAUAACCCGAACUUUAGACGCCGAACUUAAAACACAAGUUCGCUCAACACUAGUCAGCAACCCUCGGCACUUCAGCUGUGGCGAAACUACAAUUCCCAGCAUGCUCCAUUUAUUUCUAUGAGAGUUCUGAGAAGAGCAAGUAUGCAUGUUGGGAGUUGUAGUUUCACAACAGCUGGAGUGCCGGAGGUGGCCUAACCCUGUUCUACGAUUUAGAACUUCCUCUGAAGGAUUGGGUGGAUUUUGCACAUACGCUUGAUCCUUGAAGUGGGCCGACAUAUAUCCCCUAUUCAGACUUGGAUUACACAGGCGCUGCAUCAUCCCACAGAGACUCUGAGUGUUUGAGCUGCUCUGUGAUAGACAUACAACAUCAUCAGAUAUCAGUCAAUGUCUGAGCAGUCUACAGCCUCCAGUACUGGUAAAGCCUUCACUGCCCUAGACCACCAAUGUGCCCGUAUUACUAAUAGGGGUAAAGUCAGCAGAACCUGCCGAUUUUGGUGGGACCGUACGACUGUCGUAUAUGUAUGGGAAGGAUCAGGCAUAUUGUAUUUCAACACUUGAUCCCUUUGUUCUCAAAGGAGAGAAGCCACCACUAGAGGUGUCUAGCUGCCGCUUAUCUCUCUCUCCCUCCCCACUGAGAACUCUGUACACCUCUCUAGACCACCAGGAUAUUACUAUUAACCCCCUCACUUACUUAGACCACAAGGGAUGCCUGAGAUGUUACCAAUAGCUGCAAAAGAAAUUAAAGGGCAUCUGUCAGCAGAUGUGUACCUAACAAAGUGGCUAACCUGUUUCAUGUGCACUUGGCAUCCAAAGACUUCGGCGUUGGUCCCGGAAAAACCCCCCAAAAAAAAACGCUUUAUUGCCCUGCUAACAAUGACCUUUUAAAGUGGUAUUCAACCUUGAAGCAUUUGCCACCUAACUAUUGGCUUGGAUACCCCUUUAAUGCAAUCUGUCCAAAGACUUAUGGAUUACAGUGUAUGUACAUGCUGUAAUUUGCCACAGAGGGGCGCUAUGGACACUGGUGAAUGUUGUCAUUAUCCUCUUGUGUUAUUGAUGAACAGAACUCCUUAUUUUCCUGUUUGUUGUGUUCUUUAACCUGUGGUUCUCCAGCUAUUGCAAAACUACAUAUAACUCCCAGCAUACCCCGAUACCUGGAGACAACCACUCACAGUGCAGCUUUCCUUUUCUUACAGCCGUUUUAAAGGGUUGUUCACUUUCCCAAUUAAUUUCAAAAACACCAUACACUGACGUGAAAUGCCAUAAAAAAAAAAAAAAAAGUAAAAUGCUUCAGGACUAUGUUAGCCCGCACUGUAAAGCCCCCACUUCUAAACAAUCUUUGGGGUCCAUAGGUUCCCAAGAUGGCAGCUGUGUCCUCUACAGCACAGAUGUAUUAAGUGCUGGUCCAAAUACAGCCCCUGGACGUCCAUAACCUUCCUAGAUGGCGGCUGCACUUUCUACAGUCGGUAAUAUCUCCUGUAUCUGCAGCUGUGCUUGAACACUUUCAGGACCUGCGCAGUGCAGGAAGCGAUGAGAUCUUGGGUACACGCCUUGGCUGCCCAGUGAGGCCGAAACCCACCUUCCUAUCAUGAUUUUGCAGUAUUACUGUACGGUCAAAAUCAUGGCUGCGGAUGGACAAGUUUUCGCCCCCACGUGCAGGAUCCACAGUCUGUAAGCCCAGACUUAAUAAAGAGCUUGUCCUGCUGGGACGCCCCAAGCACACAAAUACAAUUCUGACUUCUUGUUUAAUAUCAUACUUGCCAGAACAUCCAGGAGAUACUAAGGAGACCCCUACCAGAUUUCAGGAAGAGUUGGCAAAUCUCUCUGGCACAGUAUUAAGGGCUGCUUCUCUCCAUGCGCUUUGACUGUAUGUGCCAUUAGGCGCAGCCCCAGUGCCCAAAGUGCACUAGGGGGCAGCAGAGGAGAGGGGGCGGAACACUGUAUAAAAAGCCGUGUGAUGUCAAGGGUUACAGGGCUGGGCCUGGUAAAAGGGGCGUAU